AUGCAAGCCUCCGCUCCAAAUAUCCAAUCGCAAGAUGUUUAUCUAUCGAUGGACUACUCAAAGCCGGACUCUGGAACCAUUCGUAUCUUUGCUCGUAGUGUCAGAAAGCAUGAAUCUCCUGCAGAUCCUAGCGACGAUGGAAAGAAGAGUCAACUGCCGUGGAUGGUCUUCUUGAACGGUGGUCCUGGAGGUCCUUGCCGACACCCUAGUGCUUACCCUUUUACCUGGACUAUUUUGGACAAAGGCUAUCAAAUGCUCUACCUCGAUCAGAGAGGUACCGGCCUCAGCACGCCGAUUACCCCUAGUACGCUGGGCUUGCGCGGAGAGAACGAUGUACAGGCAAGAUACCUCAAGCUCUUCCGUGCUGAUAACAUUGUGCGAGACUGCGAGGCCAUUCGAAAAUCUCUGACUGCAGAAUAUCCACCGGAGAAACAGAAGUGGAGCGUCAUGGGACAAAGCUUUGGUGGAUUUUGCAGCAUCACGUAUCUCUCAUUUUACCCCCAAGGACUGCGUGAAGCUUUCAUCUAUGGUGGUCUGCAACCGCUUGUCAAGCAACCUGAUCCAGUCUAUAGGGCACUCUUCAAAAGAGUGGCCAAGCGAAACCAAGACUACUACAACAAGUAUCCCGAGGAUGUUGACAGGGUCAAGACAAUCGUCAAAUACUUGCAGCGCUUCGGUGACGGCGUUAUCAAGUUGCCAACUGGAGGUAAUCUGACUGCAAGACGCUUCCAACAGAUGGGCAUCAUAUUCGGAAUGCAUGGAGGCAUUGAUAGCGUGCACGAAGCGGUGUUGCGCGCGGCCUACGAUAUCGAGGCUUUCGGCCACUUGACUAGAGGCACGCUCUCUGCCAUCGACGCGCUCACACCAUUCGAUGAAGCAGUCAUAUACGCUAUUUUGCACGAGCAGAUCUACUGCGAGGNNGGUAACGAGUUCCCAGAGUUCGAAAUCACUUCCGAGGGACCCGUUUACUUCACAGGAGAAAUGGUAUGCUCAGGAAACCAUGGCGAGUUUCAAGAUGAGCUGACACAGUACAGANUUUUCAGCUGGAUGUUCGAGGACUACAGCGAACUUCGCAAGAUUCAAGACGUUGCCAACCGAGUAGCUGCAGACUCCGACUGGCCAGCGUUGUUCGAUGAAGAGCAACUCAGAAAGAACGAGGUUCCUGUAUACGCAGCCGUGUACCAAGAAGAUAUGUACGUUGACUAUGAUUACUCUCGCGAGACGGCAGAGAAGAUCAAGGGGUGCAAGACUUUCACGACUAAUGUCAUGUACCACAACGCCAUUCGUAGCAAGGCAGACGAGGUCAUCAGGCAGUUGUUUGAUUUGAGGGACGAUGUUAUCGACUGA